UAACUCUUCUCAUUUUCAUAAUCCCAAUCCCCAUCCCAACCCAUCUCUUCUCUCUCACUUCUCCUCUUCCUCAAGCCAUCUCUCUCUCUCUCUCUCUCUCUCUCUACAUUAAUCUUUCCUUUGCAAUUCUGUCCUUUUUAGGGUUUUUAUUGUCUCCAUUCAGGCUUCACCUCUUCAAAGAUUGUAUAUAUAUACACACACACACACACACAUAUGCCUACAUAUACCUUGUACAUACACCUCUUCAAAGAAGCACUUCAUCCCUUCUGCUUCUCUCUCUACAAUUCACCUGUUUUUUUGAUCAAUGAAAAUCUCUGUAAAACCGAUGUAAGAAGAUAAAAACCUUCGCAUCUCUCUCUAGAAAAUUCUCUCUUUUUUCUUCAAAAUUUCAGUGAUUUAUGGUGUUUUUGUUAUUCGGAUUGUGAAAUCUGAAUUGGAAAAUGGCCUCACCUGUUCCAGCCAAGUCUCAACCUCUUCACAACUUCUCGUUGCCGCACUUGAAAUGGAACAAGAACCACACAAACAAUCACCACCGCGGCCGCAGGCCCGCCGACUCAUCGCCGCCGUUGGAUUCGGCUCUCCUGCAAUCUCCGCCGCCGCGACAAUCUCCGAUGCGCGAUUAUUCGGCCUCCGAGUCGGAAUCCGAGAAUCGGAAUCAGAAAAUCGAGAAAUCGCAGAAGAAAUCGGCGGAGGCGUCGGAUGUUGAGGGUAGUGGAGCUAAAGAAGGCAGAUCGAAGAUCUGUAUUCGGCUCCGAACAAAGAACAAGUCUGAAGAUGUUCAGAAUGAAGGAAAAACAGCUACUGAAGAAGGAGAAGCGGAAGAAUUGGUGGCCAAGACAUGGAAUUUGAGGCCGAGAAAGCCUAUUCGCAAUCUGUCGAAUGCGAAUGGAGGUGUAUCGAAAGCUAUUUCACCGUCGUCGCAGGAGAACAAAGCUCAAUUGCAACAAGAGUCUGGUGGUUUGUUGCGAAGCGCUGCUGAAGCGGAGGCAACAGAGAAGAGUGAGAAGAAGAAGAAGAAGAGGUUCUCAAUUUCGCUUUCUCGCCGUGAGAUUGAAGAGGAUAUCUUUUCGUUGACUGGUUCAAAACCAGCUCGGAGGCCAAAGAAGAGAGCUAAGAUUGUUCAGAAACAACUCGAUAAUCUGUUUCCUGGUAUGUGGUUGGCUUCAAUAACCCCUGAUACAUACAAAGUCCCUGACCCUCCUUUAAAGGGUUAGAUAAAAUAGAUGCAGAUUGUGAUCCUUCGAAUGUCUUCUGGAAGUUUAAAGGCUAAAAACUUCCAAAUUUUGUGACCUCAUUCAAAGGUAUUACCGACCAAAAUCAGAAAAGAUGGAAGGAGAAAUGAAUAAAUGUAUCUUGUUAGUGUUUCUUUUUAUCUAUUUUCCGAUGAGCUCAACAAAUUGAUUUGUAAGGCUCGUCGUUUUUUAGUUUCUAUAAGAAGUUGCAGAUGUACAUAUGAAUUAUCUAAUGGCUUUUAUAAUACAUCUUUUCUUUUAAACCUUUA